CUUGCAUCUCUCUCCCUCGCGCCGCUCCUCUCUUCCCCUCGAUGAACCGAGCCGCCGUCGCCACUGCCUCGACGCCGGCGUGGCCACCGUGGCCUUCUCGCCGCCCCGACCUGUCCAGGGGGAUCGCUGCCCUCUCCUCCGUCACCUGCGCCCCUGGAUUGGAGCUGACGAGCUGCCUCGACACCGCCCGCUUCUUCCUCUCCCUCGGACCACCGCCGGCGAGCUCCGUCGAAUUCGUCGCCCCGGCAGCUCCUAAGCCCCCGUCGGCCGCCGUGUGCCACUCGGUUGGAGCCCAGGAGCCAGACGCCACUGUCGAUGACGACUACUACUACUCGGGAGGUGCCUACUACUACAUGCAGCUCGCUGGCGACGACCGGGAGUAGUUUAGGAGGAUCCCAG